ACGAUCCAAAACGCGAGCUUAAAAUGGUUUCAUUGGCCACUUAGCAUCCUGCCUCCUUUUUCAUGUUGUAUCAAAGGGGGGUGGGGAGUAGACUGGGGCCACGAUCUCUAGGUGUGCAACCUCAACGAGGAGUGCCACGGAAACUUGAAGGCGAUUGGCUGGCGCUUCUGGUUAAUGGCACGCGACUAUGGAUGUAGUUAUAAGAGUCCUCGCGUGCCAGCCUUCAGCUGAAGCCACUCCUGAAUAUCCAGAGACAGGGCACGGAGCAAACAAGUGCUGUUACUGGGCAACAGGAAAACAACCACAAAAAUGGACACUGUGCUAGAUCAAUUCACGGGGUUGGACUCCUUUUCCUCCCCUUAUUUCAAUGAAGAUGAUUUUUUUACAGAUCAGUCCUCCCGAGACCAUUUGGACACAGACGAAUUCUUGGACGACGACGUGGACUUCCUCACUAGUCAGAUCCAAGAUUACUACAAGGACAGCAGGAUAGUGCAUGAUGGGGACUACUGUGAUGUUGGCAACUUUUCCUUCUCGUCCUCCUCGUCGACCCUUUCCUACGGCUGCGGCGACAGCAUAUCCGAGCUCUCCCCGCAGAUGAGGGGCGAGGGUCUGCUGAUGAAGAGGCGGAGACGCAUGAGGUCGGAGGCGGAGAUGCAACAGUUGCGGCAGGCCGCCAAUGUCCGCGAGCGACGGAGGAUGCAGUCCAUCAACGACGCUUUCGAAGGGCUGCGGUCUCACAUCCCCACGCUGCCGUAUGAGAAGCGCCUAUCGAAAGUCGACACCCUACGUUUAGCGAUAGGUUACAUUAACUUUCUCGCGGAGCUCGUGCAGUCCGACAUGCCUAUCCGAAAUCCCAACAGUGAUGUGUCCAGUCAACCCAAGAAGGUUAUUAUCUGCCACAGGGGAACAAGAUCUCCGUCCCCGAAUGAUCCAGACUACGGGCUGCCACCGCUCGCGGGACACUCUCUUUCCUGGACUGACGAGAAACAGUUAAAGGAGCAGAACAUCAUCCGGACCGCAAAAGUUUGGACACCGGAGGAUCCACGAAAGUUAAACUUGAAAUCUUCUCUAAACAACAUAGAGAAUGAGCCUCCAUUUGACUUUAUUUCAUAAGUCUGUAAUUUAUAAAUGCGGAGCAUUUGUGUGUCUGAACGCCAUUAUUAUAUGGAUGUACUGGAAGUGUUAAUGCCAUUAUAUCUAUUGUGUUGUAUUUGCAUAUUUAUAUUUAUAUUUGAAAACUACCCGGUUUGAAUGGUGAAAAGAAUGGCAAUCAAAGCGUGUAACAGAAUCAUGAUGAAAUAUGUAUUUAAUUGCUUUAAUUACUGAGUAAUAUAUCGUUUAACUUAAUUGUUAUAUGCAUAAAGUAUUUAUAUUAAA